CCGUGGACUGUGCGUGUGUCUCAUGUGCCCGAGAGUCCACACGAGUCUUGAGAACCUUGACGUCUCGAGCUCGAGCCGUACUGACCUGAAGUCCUGAACACGCCGCAAGAUUCGAAGCCAAACCAACCCAAGCUCCCAGGAGAGGAGAGCAUCUCCUGCAUCUGCGGCCUCCCCCAUCCCACUGCUGCUGCUGCUGGUUUGAAACCAAGGCGACCUCCUCCUGUAGUAGCGAGGAGGAGAGGAGAGGAGGGAGAGGCGGGUUCUUGGCUCCUGGGGGGCCGAAUCGCGGGGGUUCUUGCCUGCCCGGAUCGAUCCGGCAAUGGAUGCGGCUGCCGGAGGCGCGCCGCCGCGGCCCGCGGCCGGAAUCCGCGUCCGGGUGCCACUGAUAUAUAAGAAAGAUAAACAUCAUGCAAUGCAAUCGUCACACUAUUUUGCUAGUGCCUGGACAGAAAGAUACGUUUGUGUCUUUAGGAGAGUUACUUCUUGUGGUUUUGUUUCACUUAUGCUGUUCCACAUUCAGGUAGAGUCUGUGUCUUGUUACUGUGGUUUUGUUUCACUUAUGCUGUUCCACAUUCAGGUAGAGUCUGUGUCUUGUUACUGCAGGGUAGAUGGAGGUCUUAAAACUGUUGUGAGUGCUAGGAAGUUUGUCCCUGGUGCAAAGCUGUGCAUGCAACCUGACAUUAAACCAAACAAGCGCAAGUCAAGGAGCUCACACAAAGAGAGGUGCCGAACUCAGGCACCACUUCUACCUGGCCUUCCUGACGACCUAGCUAUUACCUGCCUCAUGCGGGUCCCUCGACUUGAGCACACAAAUCUUCGGUUAGUCUGUAAACGGUGGAACCGACUGUUAUCUGGGAACUAUUAUUAUUCCUUGCGUAAGAAACUUGGCAUGGCAGAAGAAUGGGUUUUUGUCUUCAAAAGGGACCGUGAUCGGAAGAUUUCUUGGCAUGCCUUUGACCCAGUUCACCAGGUGUGGAAGUCACUCCCUCCAGUUCCAGCAGAGUAUUCAGAGGCCGUGGGCUUUGGCUGUGCUGUUCUUAGUGGCUGCUAUCUGUACCUGUUUGGUGGCAAAGACCCAGUCCGAGGGUCUAUGAGGCGUGUUGUAUUUUACAAUGCUCGGAUAAACAAGUGGCUCCGAGCCCCAGAUAUGCUACAAAAGCGUCACUGCUUUGGUUCCUGUGUCAUAAACAACCGCCUCUAUGUUGCUGGUGGGGAGUGUGAAGGGAUACAAAGAACUCUAAGAUCUGCUGAAUUUUACGACCCAAACAGGAAUAGAUGGUCUUACAUCAGUGAAAUGAGCACGGGAAUGGUACCUUUUAUUGGAGUUGUAUAUGAUGGCAAAUGGUUCCUGAAAGGGCUUGAUUCUCAUCGUCAGGUUGUGAGUGAGGUCUAUAUGCCAACAUCCAACGUAUGGUCAGUCACUGCUGAUGAAAUGGUUACGGGCUGGCGGAAUCCAAGCAUUUGCUUUAAUGGACGUCUUUAUUCAGCAGAAUGCCGGGACGGAUGCAAGCUUAGAGUCUAUGAUAGGGACACACGAUCGUGGACCAGAUUCAUGGACAGCAGGCGCCAUCUGGGCAAUUCACGAGCUUUUGAAGCUGCAGCUCUGGUCUCCCUAAAUGGAAAGAUCUGCAUUAUCCGCAACAAUAUGAGCAUCACUCUUGUCGAUGUCUCAAACACACCAACAGUUAUCGAGAUUAACAAUGCUCACAUGUGGGAUGUUUUUGCUCGGAAGGGCCAGCACAGGUCUUUCAUAGCAAACUUGUGGUUCACCAUUGCGGGUCGUAAUUUCAAGACUCACAUUAUCCAUUGCCAAGUGCUCCAAGUUUGAGCAUGGCUCCAUGUGAAGUUGGAAACUGGGAACAUUCUCAAAUUUUGAAAGGGCCGAUCAAUCGGAAGCUGAAAUGGGUGCCAGAACUCCAGCAAAGAGAUGGUCUGUUGCCUGAAUGAACAUCUAGCGAUCUCGUUCCUACUCAAUCUCUCCGGUACCGGAAAAAUCUCAUGCUGGCUGCUGGAUGCAGCCAUGCAGGAGAGGAAGUGGGAGCUUCGGUUGUCUAUAAACCAAGGUGAAAUUUUUUGGGGUGUGAGAGUAAGAAAUAUUCCAUAGCAUCGGUGGUUUGUCCAGUGGUAUUCAUGAUUUCAGUGUGCUGAUGCUUCCUGGUUUGGGGUUGAGCUGAUACUGCUGAUGAUACGGCAGUAAUGGUUGCAUUGGCGGCUGUCAUGUUCUACAUUUUCGGAUAGGAAGGUGGUCCACCUUCAUCCUAAUCAUCAUGUCUAUCUUUCUUUCGGCUUAUUAGGCAUGUCAAACUGUGUUGUAUGAUCGUAUCAGCCGACUAGAGUAACAAAUGAAUAAAUGUUUUGUUCAACUGUUUAUGCUUUAUAAAAUCCUUGCCUGUUUGUUAUGCACCAGAACAGUUUUGGAAUCUGGUUGGUGGAUUUAAGGAUGUUAUGUCUGAAGAAGAUUUCAUAGGCAUGUAUCAAAUACUCCCUUUGCUUUCUUUAAUAUUUAACACCAUUAACUUUUCGAUA